GGUUAUCCAGUAACAUGGCAACAGUUAUGUUUCCAGACUGCACCUGACAGUACAGAUUAUAAAGGGCAGAUAUCACUGACAUUAAUGGAACCUAUGGCUGAGGCUGGUAUCUGUAUAAGAUCCACCUUAGAUGAUGGUUUAUAUUUGGGAAAAUACCCAACAUGUAACCGCACAUAUGAUAUUGUAACUAAUCAGAGGGAUUUAUCUAAAAGAAUGGAACAAUUAUAUGAUAUUUGUUUUGAGAUGUUUGGCAAUUAUUCUCCUUCUUAUAUGAGACUCAGAGCUCUGGAAGAGAUGUUAUUUAUGCCAUUCAUUGAAUUAAGAAGUGCUCCGAAGAAGUUAAUGUUUUUGUGUGGCAGUCUAGCUAUUGCAAAACUUCCAUUUACCUGGAGAGGUAGAUGUACAGUGGGAUAUAUUGAAGCUCCAAGAAUUUUAAGUAGAGGAGUAAGAGAUGUUAAAGAACAAGAACCUAUUGAGGCUAAGAGUGAAAAUGUUUUUCUAGAAUUAAUGAAAGUAGUUUUGAAUAGUUCUUCUUUUUGUGUGAAAGGAGAGACUACAGUUACAGAUUUUAUGUCUACUUGUUUUAUAGGAGUUCCAGUACCAGGAAAGUUUUUGAUGAGUGAAUCCAGGAUUCUUAUACAUCCUGAUGCUUAUACUUUGUAUAAUUUGUCAAAAGUGAUUACUUUGUUUGGAUCUCCAGUGAAACCAACUAAAUGGACGAAUCAGAAAAAGUUGGUUACUGAAGUUAAGACAGUAUUUCCAGUUUAUGAUUGUGUAAAGUAUAAACUUCCAGAGAAGAAGAUGUUUUUCAUUGUACAGAGAUUGAAGAAGUAGAUGGAAUGACACAUGUGUUAUAUUUACCCAGAGGUUGGUUUAUGUUUUGUGGAGCAUAUGCAUAUGCAUUUAUACCAGCUAAUGCAAUAGGUGGUCCUUGUACAAUUGGUAGUUU